UCUCUUGUCUUCACCUAAGUGUUAUCGGUUGUGUGACACCGGUAUCCAGACAAGAAUUCCUCACAAUGGGUGCUUCUUGCCCAGCCUUGUCCGCCCUCAGCGGCCCUACCUAUGUGACCGCCCAGACCCUCAUUCAGCAGGUCGCAUACCUACUCAGUGAUAAGAUCUUCUCUUACUCUCCUGAGUCAUUCGAUUUGGAUGCUGCUCUCCGCCAGUGGGCUUCCAGCCAGGAGACCAAUGCCAAUGGCGAAUCCCCCGAGAUCAAGGCUAUGGAAACUCGCCAGGGUGCCGGCAACAUCGCUCUCGGUUACAUCUUCUCUCAAGACUUCGACCUGAAGAAGCGCCACGUCCCUCAGGGUAUCGUUGCCUCUUCGGCUACCCUCCCCUACAUGCGUGCGGCUUUGGAGCAACUCUCGCUGCUCUACUCUGUGGCUAGCCCUGUUGCUGCCCAUGUUGCUGCUGUCGACUAUGCCGCCGAAGACGGCCUGGUCUCCGACUAUGCCACUGCCCUCGCCCUCGCCGAGGAGCUUGGACUGGGUCUGGUUUCCAGUGCCUCUGCCCACGAAUCGCAGCACAUGGCCCUUCUGACCACUCUGCUCGCCUCUGUCCUGCCUUCCGUUCACAUCUAUGAUGGUGUGCGCGUUGGCCGGGAGCACACUCGUGUCAUCGACAUCCUCGAUCAAGCCGGCCUUGCUCGCACGUACGAAUCUGUCCGUAAGACUCUGAAGGAUUCCCGCAGCCGCCACCUCGACAACCAGGGCAAGCUUCUGGAGCUCCUUCAGUCUUUGAACGGUGAGCUCGGAACCGAUUACGGUCUCUUCGAGUACCAUGGCCAUGUCGAACCCGUUUCCGUUCUGGUUGCCUUCGGUACCGUCGAAGCAUCCCUCACUGCCCAGAUUGCCCGCUCUCUCGCCAAGGACGGUGUUCGUGUGGGUGUGGUAAAUGUCCGUGUCUACCGUCCCUUCGUGGAAGAAGAGUUCCUGCGCGUGCUGCCCAAGUCUGUCAAGACUGUCGGUGUUCUGGGACAAGUUGUCAACGAGCAGGCCGUCCAAGAACAGGGCGUUCGUUCCGCCCUCUAUGAGGACGUUCUUGCUGCCCUCACCUUUGCUACCGACCGUGAGCAGGCCCCGACCACCGUGGACAUCAAGUACCCCCGCUCUCAGCGUUGGGAUUUGAUCAACACUGCCGCCGCUUUCCAGCUUAUUCACGAGAAGCCUAUCGUCCAGGCCGGCGCCGAGACUGAGCCCCUCCAGCUUUUGGACCCGUCUGCUGUCCAGGAAUACUCUUUCUGGGACACUGACAACUCCGUCGGCGGUGAUGUCGCAACUGUUCUCUCCCAGGCUUUGGCUGCCGACUCCGCCAGCAAUGUCACUACCAGCAAGGCCCAUGACAACCUGAUUCAAGGAGGAGUUGUCCGCGUCGAUAUCCGCAAGAGCUCCAAGAUUCUGGAUGCUCCCUACUCCGUCACUGCUGCCGACACCGCCUUCGUCGGAGACCUCAAGCUUUUGGGAGACAUUGAUGUCGUCGCUUCUGUCAAGGCUGGCGGCAAGAUCAUUGUCAACGCUCCUGGCGUGAAGGAUGAUGAGCUGGAAAAGAAGCUGCCUGUGGCCUUCAGACAGUCCAUCGCCGAGCGCGGAAUCUCCCUCUACUUCGUUGACCCCUCCGCUGCCGGAGAGUCUGUCCCCGAGUCUUCUGUCAUUCAGGUCGCCUUUUUGCGUGUGGCUCUGCCCACCCAAGAGUCGGUUGGUAUCAAGAAGCUGGCCUCGAUUGUGGGCAAUACUGAUGCUUUGGAGAGUGUCAGCAAGGACCUCGAGAAGGUCCUUCGCCAGAUCGAAGUCCCUGAGUCCUGGAAGACCCCUGAGGAGGGAGCCCAGAUUCCUCAGUUGCCCAAGGAUAUCUCCCCCAACAGCUUUGUUGCCUUCGACAAAGAAGAGAGCGAGCCUGCCUCCUACCUCAAGGACUGGGAGGCCGCCGCCAAGGGCUUGGCCUUCAAGGAGGCCUAUGAUACCAAGACUGCUCUCCGUCCUGACCUUGCUACCAAGACCUUCACGGUUCACGUCAAGGAGAACAGACGCUUGACCCCUGUCACCUAUGAUCGUAACAUCUUCCACAUUGAGUUCGACCUUGGCGACUCUGGACUCAAGUACGACAUUGGUGAGGCACUGGGUGUCCACGCUGAGAAUGACGCCAACGAGGUUCUCGAGUUCAUCAAAUUCUAUGGCCUCAACGCCGAUGACAUUGUCGAAGUGCCCAGCCGUGAGGACCCCGCUGUUCUGGAGAACCGCACUGUUUACCAGGCACUGGUUCAGAACAUCGACAUCUUCGGCCGCCCUCCCAAGCGCUUCUACGAAGCCCUUGCCGAGUUCGCCGAUGACGAGAAGGAGAAGACCGACCUCCGCACCCUCGGUGGCCCCGAAGGUGCCGUGGAGUUCAAGCGCCGUGCUGAGGUCGACACUGUCAGCUUCGCUGACAUCCUUCUGGAAUACCCCUCUGCCCACCCUGACUUCCACGACCUGAUCCGCAUCGUCGGCCCCAUGAAGCGCCGUGAGUACUCCAUCGCCUCGUGCCAGAAGGUCACCCCAACCACCGUGGCUCUCAUGAUCGUCGCCGUUACCUGGACCGAUCCCCGCGGCCGUGACCGCUUCGGCCAGGCGACCCGUUACCUGAGCCGCCUGCAACCGGGCACCCCCAUUACCGUCAGCGUCAAGUCCAGCGUGAUGAAGCUGCCUCCCAAGUCUACUCAGCCUUUGAUCAUGGCUGGUCUGGGAACCGGUCUGGCGCCCUUCCGUGCCUUUGUUCAGCACCGGGCCCUCGAGAAGGCCCAGGGCAAGGAGAUUGGCGCUGUCCUGCUGUACAUGGGCUCUCGUCACCAGCGCGAGGAGUACUGCUACGGCGAGGAGUGGGAGGCCUACCAGGAGGCCGGGGUCAUCACCGUCCUCGGCCGCGCCUUCUCCCGUGACCAGCCCGAGAAGAUCUACAUCCAGGACCGCAUGCGCCAGACGCUGCCCGAGAUCGUCCAGGCUUACAUCCGCGAGGAGGGUGCAUUCUACCUCUGCGGCCCCACCUGGCCCGUGCCCGACGUCACCGCCGUCCUCGAGGAAGCCAUCGCCAUCGAGGCCAAGGCCCAGGGCAAGAAGGUCGAGCCCCACAAGGAGAUCGAGAAGCUCAAGGACGAGGAGAGAUACGUUCUGGAGGUGUACUAGAGUUGACGAUGGGAUGUUCGUUGGUUGGAGGAGAUGAUAAAAUGGAUGAAACGCUUUCUGUAUAUUUUGAAAAGCACGAGGGUCGGCAGGUGAGCUGGCCUUCCUGUUUGAGUUUAGCGCUGUUUCGCAUCUAGAACAUCCGACAGGAUUUCACUUGGAUAGACUUGUCAAAUCAUUC